AUGUCUUCAGGCGCGCCGGCCGAGAGCCCUGAAGCUCGCGAGCUCAGCUUGGUGUCUAAAGUGGAGCUCCGAAUUGCCCUGGCCGAUUCAGACGAGAAGCUCCAAAAGCUCCUACAAACAUAUCUGGCCCCAUUACUCCUAAAACUAGCCUCGGAGCAUCUGGCUGUACGCAACAAAGUGAUUGCAGUCUGUCAACAUAUCAACUUAAGGAUAAAGCCACAAUCGAUCCAGUUACCCGUUACCGCACUGUUGAAGCAGUUCAAGGAACAGAGCUCGCAACUAAUCAGACAUUUCGAUCUGAUUUAUAUUCAGCAAGGUAUUGAUCGCCUUGAUGCUUCAGCUCGCGUGGAGCUGUUACCUGCUGCGUUGCAGGGCAUCGCUCAGCUUGAUGUUGCAUCCGCUCAAACGGCGAGUGUGUUUAAUCUGAUUCUGAGGUUGUUGCCUCUUCUACGGCUUCCGCCAAAGGAUAGUCCCGAGGAUCAGAAAUUGGGGGAGAAGCUUUCUCUUUCAGAGGCAGAUACACGAUCCUUGGCCGUCUGGCUGGGGAAAUUGCUUCUCUUGUCGCAAGCGGCGAAGGAUGCCCGUACUUGUCCCGGACUGUCUCCGUCGGAGUACACAUUUCUGAAUAAAUCAGCUUCUUUUGAGGAAACAUGGAACCCCUCUACGCAGGGUGGUCUAAAUCUCACAGAGACGAAGUACUUUGUUGCAAAGUUUCUUGCAAGCGGUGCUUUCAACAACUCAGCCCGAUUCCUUCCAGCUAUCAUACUAUCCGCCGACUCCAACUCUCGCCUCUCAGACAUCGGUGACGAUAUUCUGAAGCGAUUUAAUCCCGACCUUGAAGAUGCUGAGGUUGUGGAACAGCUGUAUAAGCUCUACUUUGGAACUACCGGGAGUGAUGCGGCACUUCCUGCCCGUAUCCCGCUCCAGGUCAAGAUUCUAAGCUUUCUUGGUAAAUCUGUCAAAGCCACUACAUAUACCGGAGAAAUCAGCAAAUUGCUUGACGAAGGGCUGUUCUCGACUAUUGCUAAAUCUGCCCAAGGCCUCCAAGCUUCCAAGAUUAGAUCUCAGAUCUUUAUGUUUAUCACCUGGGUUGUCCGUAUGGGUGCUCCGUCUGAUUUGAGAAUCAUUGCACCGAAUGCCGUUAUUGGUUUACGCCAGUUUGUUGAGUCACAGGGGUGGCCAGAUCCAGGUGUUAGUGGUCAAAGACUGUCUCAGACAGAUAUAGGUCUGCGAGGGCUGGCAUAUGAAAGUAUUGGAGUAUUGUCGCCGAAGAUUUCGUCAGGUGGUAGCGUAGACUACAUUGAUAUGGAUCUCCUACGGUGGCUCUUUAGCUCACUUGCCUCUGAUGCUUCAGCUGCAGAGAUCUAUGUCAGCAUUGAGCAAGCCUUGGGAAGUAUUCUGAACUGCUGCACUGGAAACUUACCUGAAGGUGUACAAUCAGAACUGGGUAACUUUCUCGACUUUCAGAUGCAAAGUCAACCCGGAACGGAGUCUUCGUUGACUGGUUACCCUAUUGUUCGCAGUACGCACUAUACUGCUGUACGAUAUGCCAAUCGGUGUCUACCCUAUUGGGAUCUCACUGCUCGAUGGAUCGAUCUUCUUGCUAUUGCUAGUACAUCACAAGCGACGAGAGAAGUUAUUGAAGAAGGAAAGAAGGGCCUUCACCCGUACUGGUAUCGAAUGCUAAACCCUGUUAGGGGUGUAUCAUCUUCAACAAACUUGGAAGAUCUACCACAAUAUAAAUUCCCCAGCUUUCAGCAGGCAGUGCAAUUGUUGGUGAAACUAGGUGAUUCAGACGCCUCACCAAGCAGUUUGCAUGGCGUAAUUGCCCCAGCAGUUCGCUUCUGCAAGAACCUGCUCGUGUGGGAAGCACUAUCAAAGACGCAAGCACCCAUUGACAUCGAUCAAGAGUGGGAGUAUAAACUCGAGACCCUUCUUCGAUCAGAUGCGCAAAUGAGGCAUGGCGUCAGGGAGAUUAUUUCGCGGCAAUCUGAUUCAGUGAUGACAACAUGGCUGAACAGUGCUCUGAACGGUGUUAUUUUAUGUACAGGACUUCAGGGCGCUGAUUGUGGCCAAGACUUUUUAGACAUCGGCUCAUUGACUUCAAACCGAGUUAUAGCAACAGUCACAGCUAGCGCACCAUCAAUUUUACAGCGGAUUUAUUCCACUAACGAUCAUGUGCUUCAACGCAUUGCUGCAAGGAUAUUUGGAAUUCUUGCCUCGCAUACGUCCGUGACAGAGUCUGAUUGUCAACAGGUAUUUUCAGAUUUAUUGAAUACAAGCAUAGGAUGGAAGGGAGCUAUUGGCGAAGCAGCAAACAAGGUUCGAGGUGCAAUUCUUGCAGUAGCAUAUUUGCUUAGUCGAUUGGCGUAUCGCAAGAGGUUGAACGUCAUUCCCGAAGCACAAAUCGGACAGUAUAUCACGCUCGCCGUUGAGGUACUCGAUCAAUCAAGAGACUCUCAGCUUUCAGAGGCCGUGCAGGUGACUAUUGGCCAGCUAGCACUGGCGCAAGUACUCAAUUAUGGCAGACUAUCAGCAGCUGGCAGUUGGAAAACAAUACAGUCUAAGCUGGAAGAACAGGCCAAGAAAGAAAAGGAAAACGCAAUCCACGCAUUAGGUCAAUUAUCACUGGUUGUGCCACAUGAUGGAGGAGAAGGUCAAUCUGCGUUUUGUGAGAUUAUGACAUCGUUGCAUGGACUACAUGAAAUACGCAAAUCAGAGGUCCAAUUCCCUGUCGGAGAGUCGUUGUGUACGGCAGCAGCAGGAUGGGCCUCAAAAUCACUAAUCGGUGAAUUUGAUGUGGAUGAAACACCAUUGGAAGCAAACAUUCCUGCAACUAUCCUCUCGGAACUAGCUGAUAAGUUAAUCACUGACUGCAAAGCAUCGAAGCCUUCUCUACGAAAGGCAUCCGCUAUCUGGGCUCUUUGUCUCGUCAAGGACUGUGGCGAGCUUGAAGGAGUUCAGCAACGGCUUCGAGCAUUCCAAGCUGCAUUCGCUGGUCUCUUGGCUGACCGUGAUGAGGUUGUCCAAGAGACAGGCUCCAGAGGUUUGAGUCUAGUGUAUGAAAUGGGCGACCAGGACUUGCGAGACGACCUCGUGCGCGAUCUGGUCGGAUCAUUCACUGGUAAUGGCGCCAACAUGGGAGGCAAGGUUACCGGCGACACUGAACUUUUUGAGCCCGGGGCUCUACCGACUGGUGAAGGAAAAUCAGUGACAACAUACAAGGAUAUCAUGAAUCUGGCAUCUGAAGUUGGUGAUCCAAGUCUCGUUUAUCGUUUCAUGUCUCUGGCAUCAAACAAUGCAAUCUGGUCAAGCCGGGCGGCUUUUGGCAGGUUCGGUCUCAGCAAUGUCUUGUCUGAUUCUAGUGUGAGCGGAUACCUUGCUCGAAAUCCAAAGAUCUACCCCAAACUGUAUCGGUACCGAUUUGAUCCAAAUCCGAAUGUGCAGAGGUCAAUGAACGAUAUUUGGCAAGCGCUUGUCAAGGAUCCUACAGCUCUGCUAGAUACGCAGUUCGAUCCAAUCAUGGAUGAUUUACUGUCCAGCAUUAUAGCGGGAAGAGAGUGGCGGGUUCGUCAGGCUAGUUGUGCUGCUAUCGCAGAUUUGUUACAGGGGCGGUCAAUUGAGAAGUACGACAAGUAUUUGAAUGAAAUUCUAAGCAAAGCAUUUAAAGUGAUGGACGACAUCAAGGAGUCUGUACGCACAGCAGCUUUGCGACUUUGUCAAGUCAUUACGAACAUCUUGAUCCGCACUCUCGAAGUGGGAGAUACAGAUUCGAAGCGAGCAAAGACUAUGCUGGGACAUAUCAUUCCCUUCCUCUUGGGUCAAGAUGGAAUGGAAUCCAGCGCACAAGAGGUACAAGGCUAUGCGAUAUCAACGUUGGUACAAAUCAUUAAGAAGAGUCCCAGUGCUCUAUUGCGUCCAUUCAUGGCUCAGAUAUUAGAGAAGUUCCUAUCUUCUCUAAGUUCUCUGGAACCUCAGGCGGUGAAUUAUAUUCAUCUGAAUGCAGACAAAUACGGGCUUACAGGCCAGGAGAUUGAUAAAAUGCGAUUAUCAAGUAUUCGAAUGUCCCCAAUGAUGGAGAGUAUUGAACGAUAUCUUCUAGACGGUCUGGAUGAGAACGCUAUGAAAGAGGUCGCUUCCAGAUUAGAGGUGGUUCUACGCACUGCUGUGGGCUUGCCAUCAAAGGUCGGGUGCAGCAGAGUUCUCGCUCUUCUAAGUGGAAAGCAACUCCUGUUCGGUCCUUAUGCGGACAGAUUCAUUCAACUACUGACUAAGCACGUACUUGACCGCAACGAGACAGUCAGUGUAUCGUACAGCGCCUCGAUUGGAUAUCUUAUUCGACUUGGAAGUGAUGAGCGUGUGCUAGAGACCAUCGCUUUUACCAAAUCGCUAUACUUCAACUCAGAGGAGACUUCUCAGCGAACGGUAGCCGGAGAAAUCCUACAUUCCAUGUCAAAACUGUCCAGCGAUAGGUUCUCGAAUUUCUCUACAGCCGCCCUGCCAUUUGUGUUCGUCGCCAAACAAGACACCGACGAACAAACUCGCGAGAUAUUCGAAAAGACCUGGCAGGACAAUGUUGGUGGUCCCCGAGCCGUGGCAUUGUACCUGAAAGAAAUCACAGCGAUUAUAUCCGAGCGGCUAGAAUCGUCCAAUUGGACCAUCAAACACAGUGCCUGCCUUGCAACGGCUGACGUGGUUACCAGUCUCGGGAAAUCUCUCGAUCAAUCAACGGCUGAGAUUGUCUGGCCUAUUCUAGAAAAGUCCGUGAACGGGAAGACGUGGGACGGUAAGGAGAAGGUUCUGAAAGCGUUUGUCAAAUUCGUGGAAAAUUCACGCACAUUCUGGCAAUCCAGCGGAGAUGUUAGCCAACAGAUGAAAGAUAUUAUUCUCAGAGAAGCAAAGCGAAAUAACGUGGCGUACCGGCCACACGCACUAAAUGCAUUGGCUGAUUUUGCAGAGUUCCAGCCUGAUUUGGACCUCCUUUCUGACGCCAUCAAGAUCGUUGAGCCAAUCGUUGACGACCUCGUUGACAGCGACAAUGUCAAAAUGGAUGUCGAUGGAGACCACUCUUCCAAAGCCCUCGAGAACGAGACAUUGGCAGCAUGUACCGGAUGCCUGAUCCGCUGCUUAAACCCCACAGCCAAAGUACCGGAAUAUAAUCAGCUGAAGACCGUCAUCAAGAGUAUUGGACAAUGUCUACAGGGAAAUAAUCGACACGUAAUGGAUGGCCUCUACACGGGGUUACAGGGAGUCUUUGAUAAGAUAGGGGAUGAAUUAUCUGGACAGCAACAAACAGUUGACUGCCUGGUGCUACAGGAACGAUUACAAAUGCUAGCCGAUGGCCUCCUAUUUGCUGACAUUGACCCGUCAAUUGAGGCACUUCGACUAAAGCGUGCCCGAGCAGCAGAAAAGUUUAUCAAAGUGGCUUCUCAGGGGACGAUGAUACAGGCCACUAGCGCAGUGGGCGCGGGGGUCCUGAGUGACAGUCAACGACAACGCAUGGAGCUGUGGCUGGCGCAAGAGCGAGCUGAAUCAAUCCAGCAUAUUCUUAAAUCUGCCCUACGGGGUUUGUGA